AUGGCCGAUCCGGAGAACCAGAGCCCCGCGGAGCCCAGCCAGGCGGCAGCGGCGGCGGCGGCGCCAGCGCCGCCGGAGGUGGCCGAGGUGGGCGCCACCGAGGAGGUGAUGGCGGAGGGCGGCGCGCAGGGCGGCGCGGCGGCGGCCGGGGACGCGGCCGUCCCGGGCGCCGACGAGCCGCAGAGCGCGGCCGCGGCGGCGGCCGAGAGCGCGGCCAAGCCCCGCAACGACUUCAUCGAGAGCCUGCCCAACUCCGUCAAGUGCCGCGUCCUGGCGCUCAAGAAGCUGCAGAAGCGCUGCGACAAGAUCGAGGCCAAGUUCGACAAGGAGUUCCAGGCGCUGGAGAAGAAGUACAACGAGAUCUACAAGCCCCUGCUCGCCAAGAUCCAGGAGCUCACGGGCGAGAUGGAGGGCUGCGCCUGGACCCUGGAGGGCGACGAGGACGAGGACGAAGAGUACGACGACGACGACGAAGACGGCGACGAGGAGGAGGACGAGGAGGUGGGCGCGGCGGCGCGGCGCCGCAACGACGGCCCCAACACCCAAGUGCCCGACGGCGCCUGCAAGUAA